AUGUCAAUUCCUGGACCAGCCUCCAUCCACACACAGUGUCUCUUCACCUCCCUCCCUUUCUGGGUACCCAAGGAUGUCGAACGCCAGCCCUGGGAGGACACGGAUGGGCUACACUCCCCGCAUCCCACGAUGAUCACCUUCUGUAAUAGGUCCCCAGUGCAGAUGAGCCGACACCUGUCCUCAGGUCUUCAUCGGUUUGUAAAAGACAACACUGAAGUCUUUCCUUCUGAAACCUUAAUGCUCAUUCUGUUCAAUUACGGAGGAGAUUUAGCAGCCUGUGUCAUCAGUAAUGAAGAUAUCAAGGCAGCCCUGUUCCUUUUUUACAAGGCAAAUACAGAACAUGGAAUGCCCCACCUCCCCCCGGCCCGGGCCACUCUGGAAUCCUUUGAACGCCCUGCCAGUUGCAAAGCGCCCUCAUUUUCAUGGAUGCGCUUCAAUGAGCCUAUUGACCGAGGUUUUCCCAGAGCCCGGAACGCCACCCUGGCGGGCCUGCUGGGGUUUCAGUGCCAGGAAGACAAGGCGCGCAGGGGCUCAGCUUGGCUUCUGAGCGCAUUCCUGGGCCGGUUCGUCAUGGGUGUGAGAACGCGCCUGGGAGGCUCGGAAGGAAUGUCUCUACCACCGCCUUCCCCCGCAAAAAACAUUCCCCAGACCCAGCUUCGGAAGCAGUCUUAG